GAAGAGAGACAACAAUAAAAGGUCAGGCUGCUGUAAGAUAUUAAUUUCAUAACACAGCCUGAGCCCCCGGGCUAACACAACCAUGUUUUUCAGAGAGAUAUCAUCCAGGAUGCUCAAUGUUUCUGAUUUUCACUGAAAAACUACAAGGGUUUUCUAUGUUCUGUAAUUUUUUAAAUAAUAAAAAAAGAUCCUUUAUUUAACAAGUGGUAACCAAAAUGCCAGGUUUAUGUACUCACACACAGUUUGUAUCAAAUGUGUACACAGGACUGCUAAAAUGUCAAGAAUUAAAGAAUAAUGAAUCAUUUCAACUACUGUAUGUUCCCCUUUUAAAAUGACAUUUUUUCCAGUACAGUUCCACUGAAAAACAAAGAAGUCUGUUUGAGGGGAAAAUAUAAAAGUAAAAGAGCUGAAGUAACCUGGAAACAUCAGUGUUCACACCAUAAAACUAAUAUUUUUUUGAACCAUGAUUUAGACUUUUUGGGUCCACAUCUGGUCCCAGUGUUUGCAAAGCUUGCAGUGAAAAGGUCAUGGGAUCGGUCAGACCGUCAAGACUUUCCGUCAGUUCUGAACUAUGACAUUCAAAAUGUUCCUGAUGAGCUCACUGUUUUAUUGAUUAGGAUAAAUGCUGUGAUGUGGGCGAAAACAGGAGAAGUCUCUCUUUACCUUGAACAGUUCCAAGUUUGGUUUCACCAGACCAUAAACACAUUCUCAUUUCGGUUCUGCCAGGACUGGAUGUUUUCUUUGACAGAAAUGAAUUCUGGGCUUUCAAUCCAAAUCCUAAUUCCACACAUAUGGAGAAAACAGCAGGUUGUUUUCUCAUGCAGAACGCAAACCAGCUCAGGUUGGGGAAAAAUCACUGUCAACCUCUUGCCAGUUACACCUUUUAACUUCAUUUCAAAUAUGUUUAAUAGCUUCAUUUUUAAGAAAUAUUCACACAUUUUCAACAUGAUUGAGUCCAGAAGUUAAAUUUUAUGCCUUUAAAAUCCUGGAACAAUCAAAUGCACCCACUUUUUAUUUUAGCCGUGUUCAAACUUCCUGCAGCAAAAAUCGUAAAGUUGAAAAUACUCAGGGGACAAAAUCACAUUUUUGCCCCCAAAUAAAAACUGAAAAAUAAUAUUACUGUGAGUUAUUUCUCUUUGACCUGCAAUAUUUGAAUGAGAACGAAACAUUUUAGCAACAGAAUAACAUACAGAACAUUAGUCUGAUAAUUGCCCCAAUGUUUUCCGUUAUUUAACUUUCUUCUAUUAUCAUUUUAAAUUUUUUAAUCCAUAAAAUAUUUUUGUGUAUUUCCAGCAGUAAUUUCCUUUUAAACAUUUGCUCUAUUAACCCAAGUAUCAUGAAUGGAUGGUGUGGCCAAGUCGCAUGUUGAGCUAAAAGUCUUUGGAUUGCCAGAGACGUCCCAUGGCCCCCUCUUGAAAAUGUUGCCCAAAGAAUCAUAUUCAUGUCCUAGAAAGACAUACAAAUUCAUCUUCUUAAGUGAAGACAUAAAUGUAAAAUCCAACAAAUACAAUAAUAAAUGUAUAUUUAUUUUUUAACUGUUCCCCCCUAAAAUAUUUACUGGCUUGUUCUGGGAAGCCCUGUAAAAGUUUUCUGGGGUCGCCUCUUCUGUUUGGGUCCCGACUUACUACAAAAUAACAAUAAAAGAAAAAAAAUGCUGCUAAAAGAAAAGUUCUUUGUGUUUUGCUCAACAUUUCCAUUUAGGGGACUUCCGGUUUUGUGACUGAUUGAGUAAGACGUGGUGGAGGGAGCUCCUGCAAAUGAUCUUUUUUAUAAGGUGUAUUUGGGCAUUUUCGUGCACUUUGCAUGUCCUCUAAAUCUUACAACGACUCUACUACAGCUUAAGAUGCCUCCAAAGCCCAAAAAUACGAAUAAUUCAACAACUACGGUGGCGAGGCCUGGUCCACCGACUGCAUCCCAACCUCGGCCUGCUGAUACCGAUCCACCGCGGGGCUCGGCUACUUGGCGACCGCCUUCGGAAGAAUCUUCCACGGCCCGGAACGUAUAUUCCCCGGAUUUUAAAGCUGAACUCCUCAUUGCACUUCGUGCAGAGAUGGUGGACAUUUUCAAGACUGAAUUGGAGACGGCGUUGACUAACAAUUUGACCCAGAUUAAAUCAGAGCUGCACGGCGUGAAGACCGAGCUAAGUGCUAGCAUUGCGGCUAUCAGGUCGGAGAUGGAUGCACUAAGGGCGACUGUUGCAGACAUGGAGGGACCGCUGUCUUCAUGCACUGAUGAUCUGGUCUCACUCAAGAGCAAUUUGGACAGGCUCUCAGCGCAGGUCCUCGCUCUUGACAGUAAAUGUGAAGACUUGGAGUCAAGAUCUCGGCGUAAUGAGAUUAGAAUCAUAGGACUACCGGAAGAGCGUAACCCAGUCAGCGCAGACACGAUUUCCACCUUGCUCAAGGACGCCUUCGGCCUGGAGAAGGAGCCGGUUGUAGACCGGGGGCACCGAUCUCUACAAGCCAAGCCGAAGCCCGGUGAGCGGCCCCGUCCCAUAAUGGCUCGUUUACAUUAUCAUGCAGACUGCGCCGAUAUCCUACGACGUGCCAGAGCCCAGCAGCGAGUCAAGGUGGGGGAUUCCACAAUUUCCAUCUUCCCUGAUUUUACCGUUCAGACUGCAAAAGCCCGUGCAGCCUUCAACGACGUCAGACGCCAGCUCAGAGAGGUUCCGGACAUCCGGUUUGGGCUUCUACAUCCAGCGCGUCUGCGCAUCACCAAGGGAGGUGUCACGAGAGAGUUUUACUUCACCCGCGGAGGCGACUGCCUUCGUGAAAACACUCAAGAUGAAAUAAAUCUGGCUUAAUCACCUGAAAGCUAAUUUCGGUUCGAGUGUAAGUAUAGCUGUGGCCAGGUUUCUCUUUACACCGGCGCAUCCAAAGUGACUUCUGGCAGUGAUGGCUGUAAUGCACAGUUGAAUCACUUCGGUUUUGUAUAGUUUAAUUUGUUGUGAGUGGAGCCGCUCAUAUUGUUCGGUCCGGGCCGGCCCAAGGCAUAGGCGAGUUAGACGACAUGUAAUGUACCUGCUCUGUUAUUAGCUACACUUCAGUUUUCACAUGUUUGCAGGAGCUCCAACUGAAUUGAGGUGAACUGAGGAUGACUGUUUGGUCCAAAACCUUAAGUUUAGUCUUUAGGUUCAUGACUCCAUUAGGAGUUCGCACUGGUAUCCUGUUGUUUGGGGACGGGGUAGUGGUAGGUGCUAUCUGGGGUGGGAUGAGGGAUAGUGUCAGUUCAGAAAUAUUGUUGGUUUUUUUUGUUGUUGUUUUGUCCUCUUUCUUCUCUUCCUUAUACCUGGUGCGUGGGGAUGAAAUCGGGUUGCCUCAUCAAUGUUAACUCAUAUUUCACAUGGCUAAUAUGAACAACUCAAAUGUAAGAUUUAUCAGCUGGAAUAUUCGAGGUUUAGGGGGUGCUGUCAAGCGGUGUAGGGUGUUUUCUCAUUUAAAGCGUUUGAAACCUGACAUUAUUUUUUUACAGGAGACCCACAUGAGAAAUAAAGACCAGUUAAGACUUAAAUGUCCAUGGGUUGCAGAAGUACUCCAUUCCAGUUUUAAUUCAAAGGCUAGAGGGGUUGCCAUCUUAAUAGGUAAAUAUGUACCAUUCACAUUGACCAAAACCAUCUCAGACAGAGACGGCAGAUUUCUGAUAGUGUUAGGUACUCUAUUCCAGGUACCCACCCUACUGGUUAACCUAUAUGCUCCUAAUUUUGACAACCCAUCUGUCAUGAACAAGGUGUUUGAAAUUCUACCCUCUUUGAAUAAUUGUGUUUUGGUUUUUGGAGGGGACAUGAACUGUACUAUUGAUCCCUGUUUAGACCGUUCUAAAUCUGUUUUAACCCAAUCAUCAAUGGCUAGAACCCUUCAUAGUUUCAUGCUAAAUAAUGGUUGUGUUGACCCCUGGAGAUUUCGUAAUUCAACCAGUAGGCAGUACUCUUUUUAUUCACAUGUUCACCAGACUUUUUCAGGUAUAGAUUAUUUUUUUAGAUGCUAAAAUUAUGCCUAAAGUAUCAAAUGUUACAUAUCACCCAAUCAUUAUUUCGGAUCACGCUCCUGUCUCUCUCGAUCUUCAGAUUUCGCCCGGACCUCACUAUCCCUCUCAAUGGCGAUUUAACACUUCACUAUUAUCAGAUGGUAAUUUUCACAAAUUUAUUAUGGACGCAACAGAGGAUUUUAUUGCUUUUAAUGACUCUGAAUCUGAACCAAUCUCUAGAGCGCUCCUGUGGGACUCUUUGAAGGCAUAUUUACGUGGUCAGAUAAUUUCAUAUUCUGCACAUGUGGGAAAACUGAGAAGGUCAAACAUUCAGAAGCUUACUUCUGAGUUGGAAUUGGUUGACCAACAGCUUGCAACCACCCCAUCUGACAGUCUUUCUAAGCGUCGCUUGGUCUUACAAACUGAGUUGGACCUUAACACAACUAAUGAGGCAAAGCGCCUUCUGCUGCAUUCUUGUGCUAGAUACUACGAAUAUGGCGACAAGUCCAGCAGAUUGCUAGCUCACCAAUUGCGCCGUCAAGCUGCUUCACGUUUAAUACCUCGCAUUAAAGAUAGAUCGGGGGUCCUGCAGGAGGACAUGCAAGUUAUUAAUUCGGUUUUUUCAUCAUUCUAUGAGUCCCUAUAUAAAUGUGAACUCCUCCAGAUUUGUCUGAUAUGUAUACGUUUCUGGUUGAGCUUCAGUUUCCCCCUUUAAACUCAGAACUGAUUGAUCGUCUUGAAGCUGGUCUGACUGUUCAGGAGUUAAAUGCUGCUUUACAAAAUAUGCAAAACAACAAAGCUCUGGGACCCGACAGGUUCCCAGUUGAAUUUUAUAACACAUUCCAAGCCAAACUUAUCCCAUUGCUUCACUCUGUCUAUGUUGAGUCUUUAUCACUUGGUUCACUCCCCCCCUCCCUAAGACAAGCUUCUAUCAGUGUUCUCUUAAAGAAGGACAAAGAUCCCGACCUCUGUACUUCCUAUAGGCCAAUAUCUUUAAUGAAUGUGGACACAAAAAUUCUCACAAAAGCCCUGGCCCAGCGACUUGAUCAAGUUCUCCCAACAAUUAUCUCCAAGGAGCAGACUGGCUUCAUAAAGGGGCGUCAACUUUAUUACAAUGUUCGCACCUUGUUAAAUGUUGUUUAUUCAAGGGAGACAACAGCUGUGCCUGAGGUUGUCAUAUCAAUCGAUGCUGAAAAAGUAUUUGAUCGGGUAGAAUGGAGUUACCUGUUUGCGGUUCUAACUACAUUUGGAAUAGGGAAAAAAUUUAUAUAAUGGAUACGCCUUCUUUAUACACUGCCCUGUGCCAGUAUUAUUACCAAUAACAACCGAUCCGGAUAUUUCUUUUUAAAUAGAGGUUGUAGACAGGGUUGCCCCUUGUUGCCCCUCUUGUUUGCACUUGCAAUAGAACCUCUGAGUAUUUUUAUGAGAACCUCUCCCAGUGGUAAUGGAAUCAUCAGGAGUCAUGCAGAACUAAGGCUAUCGUUAUACGCAGAUGAUUUGCUUUUAUAUGUCUCUGAUCCAAUAGGAACCUGCUCCGCUACUGUUAAAUUCUUUCACAGAUUCAGCCAGUUCUCAGGGUAUAAAGUUAAUGUCGCCAAGAGUGAAUGUUACCCUGUUAACCACUUAGCACUGCAGCUCUCCCAAUCUGAUGUUCCUUUUAAGCUGUGCCCUAUGGGUUUUUGGUACCUUGGGGUCAACAUAACCAGAUCUUAUAAGUCUUUGUACUCUAAAAAUGUCCUCCCACUCUUUGUAGACAUUAAAAAAGACUUUCAAAAAUAGGGGUCCCUUCCACUUACUUUGACUGGGAGAAUAAGUACUGUUAAGAUGAACAUCUUGCCAAAAUUUCUGUUUCUUUUUAUGUGUCUACCUGCAUUUUUACCAAGACGUUUUUUAAAAUCAUUAGAUUCAGCUAUCUGUCACUUUCUGUGGAGCAGCAAAACUCCCAGAGUAAGACAAAAAAUACUUCAGAACUGUAGGUUUUAUGGCGGCUUCUGCCUACCCACCCAAUUUUCAAGUUUAUUAUUGGGCAGCUAACAUAACUAAAAUUGCUUUAUGGUUUAAUUCAGCUGAUGUACCUUGGUGUCAGCUAGAAGCACACUCAUGUCCCUCAGCCUCACUUUAGGCUUUACUUACAGGUCCAACUUCUUUAAAUCCCUCUGGCCAAACCAACAAUCCCAUAGUUGCAGAUACUUUGAGAAUAUGGUUUCAGUUUAGGAAGCAGUUUAAAUUUACAGGCCCCAUAGUCAUACCCCCACUUUUAAAAAACCCAGUGUUUACACCCGCUCUUACCGACCCGACCUUCUCCCUGUGGCAGGAUAAGGGACUAAAAUGUUUCAAGGAUUUUUAUAAAGAAGUGUUGUUUUGCUCUUUCACUGAUUUGGCGUCUGAAUUCGAUCUCCCACCCUCCCAUCUGUUUAGAUACUUCCAGAUAAGGGCAUGUGCAAAAUCCUUAUUUCCCAAUUUCCCGCACCUGUCACCUGUGCAGUCGUGGGAUGAACUUAUACAACUUAACCCCUUGCAAAGGUCUUUAAUUUCAAAGAUAUAUAACUUGAUUCAGUCAUAUGAUGUAGUUCCAACUACGAACUCUAAGAGCGUGGGAGGGUGAACUAGGGCUGGUUUUUGAUGAGCACUGGUGGGAGGCAGCCCUGACAACCAUUCAUAAAACUUCUAUAUGUGCCCGCCUGAGUUUGAUACAGUUCAAAGUGCUAUUCAGAUGUCAUUAUUCAAAAACUAGGCUGGCACAGAUCUCCCCAAAUAUGGUAGAUGUUUGCAACCGAUGCGGGAGCUUGCCCUGCAAUCUUGCGCACAUGUUUUUCACCUGCUCAGCCCUCACAAAUUUCUGGCAAAUUUACUUUCACACCAUGUCUGUUGUAGUUUCAAGAACUAUUGACACUUCAGCUCAUACUGGUAUUUUUGGUCUCCCAGAGCAAUAUACUCAAUACUCCGCAAGAGAGUUGGAAGUGAUAGCUUUUACCUCUUUGAUCGCGAGGCGCCACUCUCCUUAACUGGAAAUCAACUAUAGCCCCAUCCAGCACAAAGUGGAUAAAUGAGGUCAUGUCCUUUCUGAAAGUGGAGAAAAUUAGAUAUACAAAAACUGGAAACUUGAACAAAUUCUACUCUAAAUGGCAACCAUUUAUUGACUUUGUUGCUUCAAUGUAGAAAAGUAACCCCCCCACCCCCUGCGCACCCAGCUCUCUUCUUCCCCCUCCUUUACUUUUAUUUAUUUAUUCAUUCAUUUUUCUUCCUCUUCUUGGAGGUGUACGUGUUUUUUCGCUAUUCAUUUUCAUUCACUAUGUUUUACUAUUGGAGUCGUUCUGUAUCUGUUCUUUGUUCCUGAAAACAUAUAUUUUACUGUUACUGCUGUAAAUCAGGGAUAUUGGGGUCAUAUACUUCGAGGACCAGGGAAGCAAGUUCCCUGAGGACCGGACUGGUUCAAUCUUUCCUGAAACAUAUUGAUAUGACACAUUUAUAUGUCUGGGGUAAGGAUAGGUCAAUAGUGAUAUGACAACAAAUAUAAUUUUGUACUAUUUUUAAUUUCACAUUUUUGACUCUAAAACUUCAUGGUUGUCAACAAGUUCUAUUUGAUCUCAUGUACUGCCACUGAAACAGAGAACAGGACAGGGUAGUAAUGUGCACUUCAGUUUUAUAAUCUAUUUUAUUAUGGGUAUUGUAUUUGUUAUUGUGUUCAUAUAAUUACUUUUCAAUUUUUUACUUUUAUUCAUGUUUUUUUUUUUGUUUAUCCAACUGUUUAGAAAAUACAGGUUAAAAUUCAGCCUUCUUAUUUACAGAAAUGCUAAUAAUAUGCAUUGUCCCUGUGAUAAAUAAA